GCCUGGAGACGGAUGCGUCGUCGCUUCGCGAGACGACGGGGGAGGCUCGUGCUCCGAGAUCAAAGCGACGACGGGAGCAGGCGUUGUACGGCUUGGCGCCUCGACUCGACUGCUUGCGAGGAUCCCGCAUGGGAAAGCUUUGAUUUUUGUUUUGGCCCGUGCGGGUGUAGCACACCGACGCGGCGCUGGGCUUCAGGGCGGAAGAUCUAGAUGCGGUGCCAUCGGCCAGUACGAGCUCCUCCGCAAGUUCGUCAGCCUGUAUGCCGCCCACCACCAUCCAGCUCCGUCGCAGUCUCGCGUUGUGCCGCAAGUGCUCGUCCACGGUAGACGGAGGAGCAUCGACAGGUGGAGCUGUCGGCCAUGGGAUACAGAGGUGGAUGUUGCAGCAGAGGAAUUCCAAUGUUGUGGCAUGUCUGCUUUCUCUUACUGAUGUAGCCAUGAUUAUUCUGGAUACUACUAGAGGGAAACGGAGGUAUCUUAUGUCCCUAGGACGAUAAACAUUUUGUUUAAUAAGAUUACUUCGAUGGAGGAAGAAGAGGCUUUAGAUGAAGAAGUUGAAAACCAAACUCCAGCAAAACCCAAGGCAGGAAAAGUGAGGCUUGUGGAAACAGAGGUUAGAAGAAGCUCCAGGCUAAAAGUUAGAAACAAGGGGUUCAAGAGUACUGGGUGCACCAAAAUAAACUGUGUUGGGUGCAGCAACAAGCCCCCCACUCUUUCUAUUGCAGUCAUAAGGAACCUGGGAAAGGAGCUUGCUCAAAUUGACCCUGAACUGCUGACAGAUGACAACCUGAUGAAGAAAAAAGAGACAGCUCCUACAGGGAUAAAGAAAAACAAUGACAAGAAGAACAAGAGCAAGAAGAAAGAUGAAGACAAGAAGGACCAACCAGAGAACAAGAACAAGAAGAAAGAUGAAGACAAGAAGGACCAACCAGAUGCUUAAGUUUUUCUUUUUUUGUGUUGUUAUUUUUAGAUUUUGGUGGUCCCAGUUAUCCUUUACCUGGCUGUUAUAUUGGGUUAAGACGCUUUCUAAUGCAGUUUGCAUUCUCUAUUUUCU